GCCUGCCGCUGCUCUGGGAAGGCCUGGGCUGUGCUGCUGUGCCCGAGCUGGGUUAGCCCCUGCCUCCUGCCCUGCUGGGGAUGGCCCUGCCAGGGGGCAGCACCGCCUGAGCCCGGCCUGGGACGGCUCACUUGAGUGCGGCUCUGUGGAAACUAUGUGAGCUGGUUCUGCUCUCCUGAAGUAAACAUGAUGAAAACGGAGUCUUCGGGAGAAAGAUCAACCCUCCGAAGUGCCUCUCCUCACAGGAAUGCUUACAGAACUGAGUUCCAGGCACUGAAAAGCACCUUUGACAAACCGAAAUCAGAUGGAGACCCAAAAACGAAAGAGGAAGGAGAGGCCUCUCAGAGCAGGGGGAGGAAAUAUGGCUCAAAUGUCAAUAGGAUUAAGAACUUAUUCAUGCAGAUGGGCAUGGAGCCCACUGAAAGUGUUGGAGCUGCCCCCAAAACCAGGGGGAAGGGUGGCCCUCCAUCACCUCAGAGACGAAACAGGCCCAAAGAGUUUGUAGAGAAAGCAGAUGGUUCAAUUGUAAAAUUGGAAUCUUCUGUUUCAGAGAGGAUUAGCAGGUUUGACACCAUCCAUGAUGGCCCUUCUUACUCCAAGUUUACCGAAACGCGCAAGAUGUUUGAGCGCAACGCUCAUGAUGUGGGACACUCCAAUCGCUAUUCCCCAAAGAAGGAGAGGGCGGUUUCCAGCGAGCUGGCAGAGGAGUGGUGCAGCUCCAAGUUGCACAGGGGCAGCACUGACUCCCUGGACAGCCUCAGCCCCAGGACGGAGACUGUCUCUCCAACUGUGAGUCAGCUCAGUGCGGUUUUUGAAAACGCCGACUCACACAACGUUGUUGUUUUGGAAAAGUCAGAGAACAAUGAAGAAUACUCUGUAACCGGUCACUACCCGCUCAACCUGUCAUCCAGCGUCACUAACAUCUCCUCCCCUGUUGCAAACCUUGAGGGCUUCAGUCCUUUGAAGGAUGCCGGCACGUGGUCUCCUCCAGCCAAGCAGGGAUCCGGCAUGAUGUCUGCUGAGCACUCUCAGCAUAACAGCGCGCCUCCUGCACUGAGACAGAAGGCGACCACAGGCACUGUGUCGGGUUCAAAAACAGCUGAAGAAGUCAAGAAGAACACAGAACCAAGUGCUGAUUCUGUUGAGAGCCCUGGGGUCAGUCAACAGGAUCUGGUGCUUGACCGCGAAAAGUCUGCAGACAGUUCUGCGAGGAGUAAGGCAAAAACAGAUGCAGAAAUUUUGUUGCGACAAAAGGAACAUUCAGAAAAUGCAGAGGGUAUUGCUGAUAGACCUGAGGCUGCAGAAAUACAAAGAAAUUUAGUUUCAGGGGGUGAUUUGGCAGCAGAUGCUGCUUCAGAUGCUGCUGAGACCCAUUAUGAUGAGGCAAGUGAGAAAGAAGUGCAUGAAGAUGGGAAUAAUUUCCAGAGUUCCCACGUGUACAUGCAUUCUGACUACAACGUGUAUAGGGUACGAUCAAGGUAUAACUCUGACUGGGGAGAGACAGGGACAGAACAGGAUGACCAGGAUGACAGUGAUGAGAAUAACUGUUAUGAACCUGAUAUGGAAUAUUCGGAGAUUAAUGGAUUGCCAGAUGAAGAUGAAAUCCCAGCCAACAGAAAAAUACAGUUUAGCCGUGCUCCAAUUAAGGUUUUCAAUACAUACUCCAAUGAAGACUAUGACAGGAGAAAUGAUGAAGUUGACCCAGUGGCUGCAUCAGCUGAAUAUGAACUUGAGAAGCGUGUGGAAAAGCUGGAGCUUUUCCCAGUUGAACUAGAAAAAGAUGAAGAUGGACUUGGCAUUAGCAUUAUUGGAAUGGGAGUUGGAGCAGAUGCAGGCCUUGAAAAACUGGGAAUAUUUGUCAAAACAGUAACAGAAGGUGGGGCAGCAGAAAGAGAUGGCAGGAUCCAAGUGAAUGACCAAAUUGUGGAAGUUGAUGGCAUCAGUCUGGUUGGAGUUACACAAAAUUUUGCUGCAACUGUUCUUAGAAACACCAAAGGGAAGGUCAGGUUUGUAAUUGGCCGAGAAAAACCAGGGCAAGUGAGCGAGGUUGCACAGCUGAUUAGCCAAACUCUGGAACAAGAACGCCGCCAGAGAGAGCUCCUGGAGCAGCAUUAUGCACAGUAUGACGCAGAUGAUGAUGAGACAGGGGAAUAUGCUACAGAUGAAGAAGAUGAUGACAUGGGACCUGUCCUUCCGGGAGGUGACUUGGCUAUUGAAGUGUUUGAUCUUCCUGAAAAUGAUGACAUGUUCUCCCCAAGUGACGUGGACACCAGCAAGCUCGCUCACAAGUUCAAAGAGUUGCAAAUCAAACAUGCAGUUACAGAAGCUGAAAUUCAGAAGCUGAAGACGAAGCUACAGGCUGCUGAGAAUGAGAAGGUGAGGUGGGAACUGGAGAAGACCCAACUGCAGCAGAACAUUGAGGAGAAUAAGGAGAGGAUGAUGAAAUUAGAGAGUUACUGGAUUGAGGCCCAAACCCUGUGUCAUACAGUGAACGAGCACCUCAAGGAGACACAAAGCCAGUAUCAAGCUCUGGAGAAGAAAUAUAACAAGGCAAAGAAGUUAAUCAAGGAUUUUCAGCAAAAAGAACUUGACUUCCUCAAACGCCAGGAAGCUGAACGAAAGAAAAUAGAAGAUUUGGAGAAAGCACAUCUUGCAGAGGUUCAAGGCUUACAGUCUCGUAUACGAGACUUGGAAGCAGAAGUUUUCAGGCUACUGAAGCAAAAUGGGAGCCAGGUUAACAAUAACAACAAUAUAUUUGAAAGGCAGACAUCUUUUGGAGAAGUUUCUAGAGGAGAUCCAGUGGAAAAUCUAGAUACUAAGCAAGUGUCCUGUCUGGAUGGCUUAAGUCAAGAUUUCAAUGAGGCAGUGCCAGAAACAGAGAGGCUGGACUCAAAAGCUCUGAAAACCCGAGCUCAACUUUCAGUGAAGAACAAGCGGCAGAGGCCAACCAGGACAAGGCUCUAUGACAGCAUCAGCUCAACUGAUGGAGAGGACAGCCUUGAACGAAAGCCAUCAAACAGUUACAGUAGUCCCAUGCACAUUUCAAAAUCACCACUGCCCUUAUGCAUGAGAGCAUCCUCACCAGCAUCAGAUUCUGGUGCUUCCUCCCUCUCCCCAGUGGCUAGCAGUGCAGCAAUCUCCCUUGACAACCUAACUGAAAAUCAAGAAGAAGGACAGCACCACAGAGGAGGUGUCCUUUCCCUGUGUGCUCGGGGAGACACUCCACUUUCUUCUCCUUCAAAAUCUGGGCACAGCUCUGAAGCAUCUCCUUUGCAUCACCCAGCUGGCAGGAAUGUUUUGCAAGAUCAAGAUGGUGCCACAUGUGCCCAGGCAGCAAGAACUACUCUUCCUACUAUAGGGCAUGCAGAAAAACUAAAGCGAAAACUUGCAAAUCUUGGGGCUCCCUUGCGAAGGAGUUCAAACAAGGGCAAGAAGCGGAAAGAGAAAGAAGCUAUUAGGGUGACCUGUGGCAUUAGGACCACCAGAGAGAUGCUGCAGAAAUCAGCCAACAGUAAAUCUUUAACAGAACGAUCCUCCUCUCUCCCACACUGUGUACCAUUCACAUGGUAUGGAGAGGGUGGCAAAGGAUCCAAUUCUUCUAGCAACCUGCCAUCACCUACCAGCUCAACAGAACCUUCCUCUGAAAACAUAAGCCCGGCUAAAAAAGGGUCAAAGAAUUUCACGUUCAAUGAUGACUUCAGUCCCAGCAGCACAAGUUCAGCUGAUCUGAGUGGUUUAGGAGCAGAACCCAAAACCCCAGGUUUCUCACACUCCUUAGCACUGUCGUCAGAUGAGAUCCUCGAUGACGGACAGUCUCCAAAACACAGUCAGUGCCAGAACCGGGCUGUGCAAGAGUGGACUGUGCAGCAGGUUUCCCACUGGUUAAUGAGCCUGAACCUUGAACAGUACGUUUCUGAAUUCAGCGCCCAAAACAUUAAUGGGGAGCAUCUCCUUCAGCUGGAUGGGAGUAAGCUUAAGGCUCUUGGUAUGACAUCUUCCCAGGACAGGGCAAUCGUUAAAAAAAAGCUAAAGGAAAUGAAAGCGUCUCUGGAGAAAGCUCGCAAAGCCCAAGAGAAAAUGGAAAAGCAAAGGGAAAAGCUUCGGAAGAAGGAACAAGAGCAACUGCAGAGGAAAUCGAAGAAAACAGACAAGUCUUCGUCAGAAGCAACAGAGGGCACUAAUGAGCAGUGACAAGCAGAAGUGCUGCUGCGUUGUAACUUGGAGGCACUUCGAGGGAAGAGAAACUCCCACCUGCUUUGGUGCCCCUUCAGCUUUCUUGCCGUUCAUUACACGAGUGUGUACAGAGAAAUGGAGCUAUACAUAGAAUGACUGGGAACUUUAUCUUGUGUAGUUUUGUUUUCCUGCACAUCCCCUUCUCGCUCGUUGUUGCCAUGUUAAACAACCCCAACCCCUCGGUUUGUUUUGUUGUUGUUGACAGCUAACAGGUUUCAU